AUGAAACAGACUCUUCUGAAGACUAAUGAAACGUUCCAGGAAAGCAAAACCAAGCUAGAGGAUGUACAUCAAGUUGUUACGGAAAUACGUCAAGCCCAACUCAACACAGGCCAGGAGGAAGAUGUCCUUAAGCAACUUGCCAAGGUGGACACAGAAAACAUUAUUAAAUACCACUCAGAAAGAUAUUUAGGGGGGACACGAGCGUCGAUUUUUACCGAAGUCAAGAAUUGGUUAGAUGACAUCAACUCUUUUCAUCGAGUGAUGGUGAUUGCUGGAAAUGUAGGAAUGGGAAAGUCUGUUAUUGCAGCUGAAAUUUCCAAACGUUUGCAACAAAAUAGAAGGCUGUUAGGAAGCCAUUUUUGUCAACAUAACAGGAUGCGUCACAGGAAUCCCAAGAUGAUGCUCCAGUCCUUAGCUUGCCAUUUGUCGUAUUCUCUUCCAGAAUACAAAGAAGCCCUUGUGGGGCAGCUUUCGAGAAAUCUGGGUCUGGAUAUCAAUGAUAUGGAAACGGAAGAUUUGUUUGAUUUGCUAUUUGAAGAGCCACUAAACAGAUUAAGUGACCCCGGUUUUACCUCUCUUGUUGUAAUUGAUGCCUUAGAUGAAAGUGAAUACCAAGGAAGGAAUGAGCUAUUAGAAGUAAUUGCUAAGUACUUUAACAAGCUCCCGAUAUGGAUCCGAUUCCUUGUGACAACACGGCCAGAAAUAAACAUUUGGGACAGUCUGAAAGGUCUUCGACCCCUUCUGCUGGAGCCAAACAAUGAAGAGAACAUGAAGGACAUUCGCCAUCUCUUUGAAAGACAUUUGAGCCAUAUGUUGCAAGUCAAUAAUCAUGAGUCGAUCUUGACCGAACUUGUUGAAAAAUCGGAAGGAGUGAUUUUAUGGGCUCAACUUCUGGUAGAUUUCAUAAAGGACAAUUUCUCAGUUCUCAAUUGGGAACACCUUGAUGGCACCAUACCGUCGGGUAUUUCGUCGGUUUACCAGUCUUAUUUCAAACGUCUAGAGACUGAACUAUGCAAAGAACUCAAGAUGUCUGAAGACAUGUUUUUAAGCCUUCUGAGUGUCAUUGUAGCGUCACGAGAACCACUGCCACUCGGCUUUGUGUCUAAAUUUUUGUUCCCUGGCAAAGUGUCCUCAGUUGUUCAGCGAAAGGUAAGCAAGGCCAUUGCUUGCAUAUCGUCGCUUCUGCCUGUUCAAGAAGGGUGUAUUCACUUCUUUCAUAAGUCAGUCAAAGACUGGUUAGUUGAUCAGUCGUGCUAUGGUAAGCACAGUUUCAGCGUCUUGGAAAACGAAGGCCACCUCAUUCUUGCUCGUCUUUGCGGUAAUGAAUUUGAUGAGGUGAAAAGAAAAGGUGUUGAUUGGUCACAACAGUUCGAUGACGUCACAAAGUAUUCUCUGCGACAUGGCGUUCAACACAUGCUUCAGCUGGAUGAAGACAUCAGACCAAGCGGCCUUGAAGAGAUUGUAAAUAAGUAUGUCCUAGAUGUGGAGCUUGUUUACGCAAAGCUGCGCGUAGAUAGUGCAAUACCCGCUGAAGAUAUCGCUUGCAUAACUAAGUUUUCUGUGAAAAGGCAGGCCGCCUCUAAGACUUUGUUGUUUCUUUUAAGGAAGCAUAUUGGUACAUUGAAACAACUGCCUCAUGUUAUAUUUCAAACGUUGUUGAAUGAAGGAGGACCGGAGCUGUGUUAUGAAGCAGCAAACCUCUUGAAGAGUAAGUAUUCUCACAUGUCACACAUGGAAUACUUAGACAAGAACAAUCUGGAAGGAACCGUUCAAACUAAAUUUCAUUGCUCCUCCGAAGUGGCUUGUUUUGACGUUUCACCUUCGUCAGACUGCAUGGUUUGUGAAUGUCGGGAUGGAACGAUUCAGCUGUGGUCUCUUCAGACUGGAAAGCUCGUUUGGAAACGUCCUGUCAUCAAAGUGAAGCGUUACUCCCGUUUCUUUCAGGCCUUCAGGACUGCUGCCCCAGCCUCUUUCUCGCCACAUUUCCUUUCAUUACCGCUUUCUGAAGUAUCCACAUUUGCAUUGUCUUGUUUUCGUUCUGUUGUGUUUCAUCCUACUAGGAGGCUUGUUUUGCCAGGAGUUCUGAGUGAAAGCUAUAGUUUUGACGGAGACCUAAACAGACUUUUUCCGGAAAGCAACUGCAUCUUCUCUGUUUGUUCAAUAUCUGGUGAUACGAUUCUCACGGACUGUCCCGAUAAUGCGAAAUGCCUUAUCCUUUGGAGUCUUUCGAAUGGUACAGAGUUAACUCGUACCACCAGAGAUCACAACGUCUUGACUUUUGCUCGGUCUCAGGAUGGAAGGGUUGCAGCGAUUUCUCAUUCAGAUGGUUCAGUUUGUUUGGUUGACUUGAUGAGUAAUUUCCGACUAGUCGCGGAAACGGUCUUGCAGAGCAUAUGUGGGAUGAUAAAGUUCUCCCCUGACCACCGAUUCCUUUACUGUUGGCAUUGUCCAUUGCGUUACAGUUAUCAACACCCUGACUUUUUUAAGUUAACUGUCAGUACAUCGAAUGGUGGAAAUGUUUUUCCUGACGUAGCUUCUGAGAAUGUUUCAUAUGUUCCGUGGGAAUGGGAAUCACCCAGUAGGUCUGGUUUCAUGCUUGGAGAUCCACUCUGUUGUAGAAGUCAAACCUCGCCUCCUUCCUUGGGGACAUUCGUGUUUGUGCUGAACAAACAAUCUAUUUUAAGAAGUAACCCAAGAAGUGGUUCUAUAGAAAUGUUGUUUCCCUAUGAACAAACAAAAUGCAGCGAUGGUGAUAAGGUCCUUAAUUCCCUUAAACUGUCCCUAACUGGGGAUACCGUGUAUAGUAAGGGCUACCGGGGUGGAUCUGUUUUGUUUACUGCCUGGGAUGUUUCAAGUGGAGCCCGUAAAGCUGCUUUACUCAUUGAACCUGACAAGGAAGGGAUUGCAAAGCCGAUGAGGGAAUUUACCGACACAAGUUUGGCAGCAGUACAGACCAUGACCGGGACGAGAGUGGGAAGAUCAAAACUCUAUGAGCAGGACGAGAGCGGGGAGCCCAGAGCUGCAAAAGUCACUGAACAAGACAAUGAUUGCAGCGGCUCAGACUAUGACUGGCACAAAAGCAGAAGCCCAAAGCUGCGAAAGUCAUUUCGCAAGACAAUGUUGGCCACGACUCAGACAAUAUUCCGGACAAGAAUGGGGAGAAAAAAGCACUAUGAGCAUUACCAAAGAGAGGAGCUCAGAGCAGACAAAGUUAGUGAACAAGACAAUGACAUUAGCAGCUCAGACGGUCAACAGCACAAGAAACGGGGCUUAAGGCCGAGAAAGCCAUUGAUACCACCUCAGACCGAAGUUGAGCAGGAUAAGAGCGUACAAGACAAUGAUUGCAGCGGCUUCGACUAUGACUGGCACAAAAGCAGAAGCCCAAAGCUGACUCAGACAAUAUUCCGGACCGGAAUGGAGAGAAAAAAGCACCGUAAACAUUACCAAAGAGAGGAGCUCAGAGCAGACAAAGUUAGUGAACAAGGCAAUGGUGUUAGCACCUCAGACGAUCAACAGCACAAGAAAGGGGGCUUAAGGCCGACAAAGCCAUUGAUACCACCUCAGACAGAAGUUGAGCAGGACGAGAGCAGGGAGCCCAGAGCUGCAAAAGUCACUGAACAAGACAAUGAUUGCAGCGGCUCAGACUAUGACGGGCACAAAAGCAGAAGCCCAAAGCUACGAAAGUCAUUUCGCAAGACAAUGUUGGCCGCGACUCAGACAAUAUUCCGGACAAGAAUGGGGAGAAAAACGCAAUAUGAGUAUGACCAAAGUGAGGAGCACAGAGCAGAGAAAGUCAAUGAACAAGGCAAUGACAUUAGCAGCUCAGACGGUGACCAGCACAAGAGAGGGGGCUUAAGGGUGAUAAACGAAUUGCACACACUUUGGAUUUUCCGGUAUUUUCCGGUUAAAAAAGGUGUUUUACUUGUACUAUGUUUAGAAGAACGAUGCACUCUGGAGCUGUGGAAUUUUCAGUUGUCAAAGUGCAUUGAAAGUUGGAGUUGUCUCGGGCAAUUCAAAAGAGUAAUUCCCGUUUCAGAGGAAGUUGUGUGUUUAAUUUCGCCGUCAUCUCGCGAGGUUAGAAUAUUUGAUACUUCAAGUGGUUUCGAACAGUUUGCAAUGUGUUUCCUUGGAAAGUUUAUUGCAUGCAACAGUAAAUGUCAGGUUUUGGCCACCUUGGGUAGCCAGACAAUUGUCUUGUUACAAGGCAAAACAGUUAUCUGGAAAAAAUACUGGCCUCGUUCUGGAUACCGUAACUUCAUUUGUGAAAGAUUUUCGUUUUCUCCGGACGACCAGUUUUUCGUCAUUUCUGGGGUGGAGCAAGGGUAUGGUGUUUAUUUAUUGGAUGCUUAUUCAGGAAGUACACUUCAGAUGUUAUGGAAAGGGGAAGCUGACCAAAGUGUUUUUGUCAGCAACGACGAAUGUGUUGUUCAAACCUCAGAGCCACCAAGUGUUACAUGUCUCCGACUGUUCAACGUUAGAUCUGGGCAGCAAUUAAGUGUGUUGAAUAUUGAGAGUCAGUUGACCGCUUUGACAAUUUCUCCUUGGAAUGGUCUUAUUGCCAUUUGUGAAAAGAACACUAACCAUAAUUUCAGAGUUAUCCUGUUAAGGCUAUCUGGCGAUAACGAAGAAAAAAGGACAAUCAAAGGUCAGCUGUCGAUUUGAAUGACGUUUUUGAACUUGUUAUCAUGACGUUGUUUUAAUUAGUUUAACUUUGGAACCUUUUAACGUCGUACGCCAAGAACAAUACACAAAAAAGGAUUUGUUUCUUUAUUUUUCACCGCAAAGGCUGCUAUCGCAUCCGUUGUAUGCACAAUUACGCCAAAGAUGGCAACGUUCACACAGUGCAUGUAAGACCGUGACCUUGAGCAACUAAGAACUAAUGACAAGUUACGGAGCACUUAGAGAGUAGCAGGAGAUACGUCAUGCAUAAAUUCUGAACCAAGUUUUUCGAGUUAAGUUGUUUGCUGUUGUCUCCAGAUUAUAAUAUAAAUUUUGGUCUCAAAGGAGUUUCAAGUUGUUUAGGCAUUCUUGGCAGAACUUAUAGGCGAGGCUAUAUAAGAACUGAUUUCCGAAUUGUGUGCCUUCUUGACUUUCUUGUCGAUUACCGACAACGCAGUGAGAGUAUAAUCGUGUUACAACAGACUGAGGUGCCGUUUUUCAGCAAGUGCAGUGCGAAUAACUUAGUUUUUUUUAUAAACUUUUGGUUACAAUUUUCACUCAAUUAUAAAAACAGACAAAAGCAUAAACCUUGUUGGAUCAAGGGGAAACGUAUGGAAAGUAUUUUCACUCAUAGCAGGGACACACACAGAAAAGUUUUUAAAAGAAGAGAGGUAAGGUCUGGGCCUCUAUAAACAUGCAGAGAGAAGCACAGAACAAAACUGACAUUUUUUCUAGCCCGGACUGUGUGGCUUUUGAAUUAAACGGAUCGAAAACUAUGUACUGUUUUUGUUUUUUUCCCUAGGCAAGUUCCGAGUUCGACAAGCUCAAGUCAAGUGACCAUUUUCGUACCUCUUUUGGAAUCUCAGCAUAAAGGGUAUGGCCAAAGAAACUUUGAAUACUAUGCACUGUCACUUAUAAAAAUAAUUUUCUCGCAGUUUAGAUAAUGGUGUUCCUCGACAAUCCGUUUUAGGACCCCUCCUUUAUUUUUUGUACGCAUCACCCAUUGCCUAGAUUAUCCAGUACCAUGGUGUCUAAUACCUUCUGUACACUGAUUACUCCCAGCUUUAUAUUUAGGGCGGAUUGGAAUCCAGAGCUCAAUGUGGCUCAAUGAAAAGUUGAGGGGAGCGUCAAGGACAUUAACGCGUGGAUGGUUCACAAUGGCCUAAAACUAAAUCAGAUUUCCUUGUUUUCAGCAUCAAGUUCCAUGCUAGGCCACCAGGACUAUGUGGACUUUUUUGAGGAGCAAAUACAGCCGCCUUCAUCUGCAAAGGACCUGGGUGUCAUCUUUGACGCAUGCCUCUUUCUCUAAAUGAACAUAUUAGUUAUGCAAAUCUUUCCAGUUCAUUUAAGAAGUACAUUAAGACGGAAUCCACCAGGAAAUUGAGUCAUUUUAAUUUUCAGUGGACAAAAACCUUGUACCAGAAUAAUGUAAACAAUAUCGCAUUUUUUUUACAUUUUUUAAAGAGCUAUAAAUGUAAUUAGUUAUCUGUAAU